GCCGAAGGCUCCAACGGAGCGCACGGAUGCAUUGCUCGUCCUUCCCCAUUCAAAGUCAAUGGGGAUCAGUCAACGGACGGAGGCAGUGGGCACGAGAAGGAGGCUACCGCGCAGGCGCAGUGGUGAGCUCUGCCCUGCGGUGCAGAGUGGUCAGGCGAUGGAAGAGGACCAAGCAGCGGAGGAGACCGCCUUCGUCGUCGAAGAGGUGAGCACCAUAAUUAAAGAGUCUGUAGAGGGGGUGAUUGGGGCGAAUGGCUACCAGCACAGCAGGGUGCACCAGUGGACCAAUAAUGUGGUGGAGCAGUGUCUGAGUCAGCUGGGCAAGCUGAACAAACCCUUCAAGUACAUCGUGACCUGUAUCAUCAUGCAGAAGAACGGAGCAGGUCUGCAGACAGCCAGUACCUGCUUCUGGGACAACACCACUGAUGGAAGCUGCACAGUGAGAUGGGAGAACAAGACCAUGUACUGCAUCAUGAGCGUGUUCGGCCUGGCCAUCUGAAUUCACUUCUGAACGUUGACUUUUUUUUAAAUGACAUGUAUUCUCAGGUUUAAUAGGGAUAAACUUCACUGACAUAUCAUAGGUGUACUGUUUGGAUAAACUUUUGUUAUAGAUUCUGAUACAUUUUCCUCCCACCCACCAACACACACGCAGAAUUUAGUUCACUUAUGAUAUAACGGUGCAGAACACAAUUUUAUUUUAAUAAGCAACACAUAUAUUGCAAGUAGGUCCCUCAACACAAAAGGUACCAUAUGUACCACUCUUAAACAUUAAAUAUACUUAAAUGAACAGUUACAUUCAUAAAAUAAAUCAAAGUCUAUCAAAUGCAAUUUAACCCUGGUAUGACAGUCAAGGCACAAUCUCGAUCAGAAUACUUUAAUUCAUUUUUUCAGGCGAGUUCAAAAUUGCACUUGUAUAAACAGCAAUGUGUCUUAACACUAUUACAGUAGCGGAGAAAAGUGGUUGUUGAAAAGAGGUUUCUUUAAAUACUUAACCGUUUAAAAAUUGAAUUGGUCUCAUGGCUUCACAUCAAUAGCCAACAUUACUGGUCCUGUCAUUUUUCUUCUCACGCCACACACCAAAAGCAUAAUGCAAGUUGCAGAAGAAAACAAUCACAACAGUCAAAAACUAAAUAAGUGCAAUCAUAAGCUGAUCACAAAAAAGCUUUGUUUAAGGAAUGGAACAGUCCUAUGAGUAGCCAAUGUCUAUAGAGAAAUCAAUUUUGGCAAGGGCAUACACAUAUGCAUGCUAAACUUGCUUUUUGAAUCCGAUAUUGUGGUCUCGGAUUUCCAAAAGAAAGCGUUUCCUGUUGUAUCAUUGGCAGUAUGAUAAGUAAAACAAGCACCAAAACGUCAGUGGUUGAACAUAAAGCACAUACACAAAUAUUAAAAUAUGAAUGAAACCCAUUAAAAAUACCAUAUUGGCAACUUUCCUGCUCCGUCAUAGUAAAUGCUGGCUAUCCAAACUGCGUAGUCUGAGGGCUGUGAUUAGUGAUGGGCAUUUGUUAUGUGGCUGUGAAAAUCCCUAAAACCCAUGAAAGAACAUUAACUGUAGUGCGGAAAGGGUUUUAAACAUUGCAUAGCUGCAAAACUUCAGCAGAAUGACAUUCAGUACACAUUUAUCAUCUAUCUUAAAAAAAAUAUUUAUGUACAGUUUCAUGUUUUAUUUCUUCCUAUAUGUUCACAUGGGUUGGCCAUGGUACAAAUCCAUACUCUUCCAACCGGGAAAGUCAAGCAAGAAGGAGAUUCAGCAUUCAGUCACUGUCACUCUCGUCCUGGUACUUGGCAGUUGCUUUAAUGGCGCGGCCGUUCUGCAGGGGCAUCUCUUCAUAGUCACUCCUGCAACCCAAAGGGACACCAAGAGGCAAACUGAGUGGAGUAGAGGAGGUCAAAUCAAACCAAGAACAGGUCAAUAAUGGGAGCCUGUAAGACACAGGUUGUUGUGUCAUGUGGUUCUCAAACUCUUUAUGUUGUGUACCAGCUUGGAGUAGCACCUUCAUGCAGGAGGCACAUUUAUUCCUUUAACAUAUUUUAAACAACAUUUUAAUGAUCUCACGGUUAAUGUAUGUCCAUUUGUACUAGAAUUUUGAUAUUGUUUUUAAAGAUAAUUUUUUUGGAGAUUCCUCUGCGUGCCACUUAUUAGCACAAUUAACUGUGUACCACAGUUUGAGAACCAAAGAUGGACUCUACUUUCAACAUGAUGCAUCAUUGUGGAGGCGUUGAAUCUUACCCAUAUAUCACUUCAUCAUCCGAGUCGUUGAGCAUGGAGAAAGCAGGGUUGUCCUUCAACUGGGAGUCUUGAAAAUUAAAUUCAAGCAUUAAUGCAAAAUCAUGACAAAGCAGCCAAAAAUAAUAAGAAUCAAAUUAGGAAUGAUACAUACCAUAAAGAGCAUUUGUAGAAGGAGAGUACACAAACGCUAGUGUGUACAAAUAAAAGUUGAGCAGGCCAUAGAAAGAUAAAAAUUCGGCGGGUAAGUUUCGAGUAAAGGAAACGUCAGACACCAAAACUUCACUCAAACAUGCAACAAUAUAAAAAUAUCUUCAGCCAUGAAGUGAAAUCCUUAACAGUGAAAAAGGAUAUAGUUUUGGUAGUGGGUGGACAGCUCAGCCACAAAGUUGUCUUGAAGAGCCUUGGCACCGAACCGCAGGUAGAGUAUGACCAUACUAGAGACAUGAAU